ACAUAUUAACAAUUCACAUAUACACAAUGUGCAGCUCCAAGGCUAAGACAUGCCCGCCGGUGGCGGUCGAUGCCAACCCCGUUGUCGACGGCCGUCCGGUCCUCCAGCCGACUAUUAACCGUGUUCCGACCUUGGAACGUCGUAAUUCACUCAAGAAAGUCUCCCCAAAGUCUCCUCCACCGCCACCACCCCUGCCUCCUCCGGUGACUCUUACCACCACUACUACUAGUACUAGAACCAGCAAGACUUCAGCAUCCCCUCCCAUUUCUCCCAAGUGCAACUCUCCUAGACCCCCAGUGCACAAGAGAGGGAAUGAUCCAAAUGGGCUGAACUCAAGCGUUGACAAGUCCUCAACACCCCCAAGUGCACCCAAUAAGCCUGCAACCUUAGAGAGGAAGAAAUCAAAGAAAUUCUCGGUUGGUGCAGUUUCUCCUCCUCCUCCUCCUCCUAUUGAUCAGUCUUCUUCUUCAUUGAAUUAUCCUUCUUAUUUGCUCACCGAGUCUCCCGGAAGCAUAGCUGCGGCGAGGAGAGAGCAAGUGACACUUCAACAAGCCCAGAGAAAGAUGAGAAUUGCCCAUUAUGGAAGAUCAAAGUCGGCCAAGUUUGAAGGGAAGGUGGGAAACUUUGAUUCUUCUCCAAAUACUAACAGUAGUAAUGCCACAACAGGUCGAGAGGAGAAGAGAUGUAGCUUUAUAACACCCACUUCAGAUCCUCUUUAUGUUGCUUACCAUGAUGAGGAAUGGGGAGUUCCUGUCUAUGAUGACAAGUUGCUGUUUGAACUACUAGUAUUAAGUGGAGCACAAGUUGGAUCAGAUUGGGCUUCGAUAUUAAAGAAACGCCAAGAUUUCAGGGAAGCUUUUGCAGGAUUUGAAGCAGAGAUUGUCGCCAAUUUCAGUGAAAGACAAAUGACAUCCAUAAGUGUCGAUUACUGCAUUGAUUUAACCCGAGUUCGAGGGGUUGUCGAUAAUGCUAACCGUAUUCUUGAGAUCAGAAGGGAUUUCGGAUCGUUCGAUAAGUAUAUCUGGGGAUUCAUCAAUCACAAGCCCAUAGCUACCCAAUACAAAUCAUGCCUUAAGAUCCCGGUGAAGACUUCGAAAUCAGAGAGCAUGAGCAAAGACAUGGUCAGGAGGGGUUUCAGGUCCGUUGGCCCUACCGUCGUCCACUCCUUCAUGCAAGCCGCAGGUCUCACCAAUGACCACUUGAUGACAUGUCCACGUCACCUCCAAUGCACAGCAUUAGCCACAUCCAACCGACCCACCGUGGCCCCUGCUCUAUAGAAUCAAAUGACAUAACCAAUAAUAUAACCACAGGAGCCCCAUCACAGCCCAAAUCCAUAAUGUGUUCUAAUUAUAUUUUAGUUUGAAUGGUAGUUGUAUAGUAUUAAAGGAGAUAAAAGGAGAAGAAGAAGAAAAAAGGGGUUUUAAAAAAAAGAAAACAAGAAAAAAAAAGGAGGGGUUUGUGAGUUGUGAAUUGUAAUUUGUGACUUGUGAGAUGUUUUUUAAAAGACAGUGAUGGUUCAAGGAUGGAUGGAUGGAUGGAUACAGGAGAGUGAUUAGAACUUAGAAGAAGAGAGAAAGAAAAUUAAAGGAUGGAGUGGAGUAUUAUUUAGUAUGGUGGGGGGAAACAGACAGCAUGUGCAUAUGGCAGGCAUGACAUGUGUUGGGUGUCAGAGGGGCUUUCAUUCCAUGUGAGCUGUGACCACCUCCUAUUCAUUAUUCCCUUCUCUUUAACAGGCUGUGUCCUGUGUGUGAAGGUAACCAAAGUAGGACCACCAUUCCCUUUUCCUUAUUAAGAAGGGUAAGUGUGGCCCUUGUUAUUUCCCACUACUCCAUCUUGAUUUCCUAAUUAACAUCUGUAGUUUUGUAGGGGAGGAAAUACUAAUAACAUAUCUUCCCCUGUUUCAUGGAUUUGUUGUGGAUUUUUUUUUUUCUAUUUUUCUUUUUCUCUCCUUUGGGGGGGGGGGGGGGGAGUGUUUGUUUGUAAAUUUGGCAUGUGGAUUCUGUACUGUUUGCUCACCUGAUAUACUUUUUAAAUGUUAACAGCUUAA